GUAGCGGGGCGUUGCAGUUGGCUGGGGGCGGGGUCACGGUGCAGCUUCAGGGCCCAGUUCGCCGCCGGUACCUGUGGCAGUGUCUUACAGACCGCCCUGGCGGCUCGGCUGCUCGCUCAAGCAAGGCAGGUGCCCUGGUAGCUCCGCGUCGGGGCCGCUGGAGCAGUGCCCGUGGGUCGGAAGCCGCCGUGAGGAGCCCAGGGCUGCAGUGGGAAGAAGUGGCCGGACAGAGCGGCCCCCCGGGCGGGCAGGGUUGCCACCUCUGUUUGAAAAUAUUCCGGGAGGUUUCAUUACAUGACAUAACGACAUGGAUAACUACAUCAGGAAGGCAAAUGCACAAUGCUGUUACAUUUUAAAAACCCAUUGGACUGCUGUACAAAUGGGAUUCAACAUGCAGUGUUCAUUUAAAUGAAUGCCCUAUCAUUUAUCUGCAGGGGGACUCUCGGUAUCUCCUGGAGAUUUAUACUGAAUUCCUGGAGACUCCAGGGCGACCCUGGAGGGUCGGCAGUCCUAAAGCUGAGGUUCCCGCCAGCCCUGGGGCUCUGCAGACUUCCUUCAAGACGGAAGCAAGGACAAGGGAGUUGCUUGCAAAAAAAAAAAAAAAAAGAGAGAGGAGUCCUGGCCUGGUUUGGCCUGUAACCCCAGGCUUCUGUGGGCUUUAGGUCACCACCCCUUCCUCAGCUAACUAACUGCUAGCAAGGUAUGUUGGUUCAAUGGUGGAUGUCUUCUUUGAAUAUGAUAUGCUGUACUCUUGGUGGGAAACAAAAGGAGACUCCCAAGGCGCACGGAGUAUGACACCAUGGUAGAACACCUGAGAACAAGGAGAUAAAAGGACAAUAUUAUUUCCUUGCAAUAUGGUAUCAAAAAGUAGGAGGGGCAUAGCCAACUGCACUCUUCUGGCUGACAGGUGGUGCUCUACGAAAACUAACCAGAGUGAGGAUGUUUUGCAGGGAAAAGAAAAUAGUAGAGGAGGAGCGGAGAGUAAAAGCCAAUGAUCGUGACUAUAAUGAAAAAUUUCAGUAUGCGGACAAUCGCAUCAAAACAUCUAAAUACAACAUUCUUACUUUUUUGCCUAUUAACUUAUUCGAACAAUUCCAGCGGGUUGCAAAUGCUUACUUCCUGUUCCUCCUGAUUUUACAGUUGAUCCCAGAAAUAUCAUCCUUGUCCUGGUUUACUACCAUUGUGCCUUUAGCACUAGUAUUAACCAUUACUGCUGUAAAAGAUGCCACUGAUGACUGUUUUCGUCAUAAGACUGAUAACCAGGUGAACAAUCGGCAGUCUGAAGUGCUCAUAGAUGGCAAGUUACAGAAUGAAAAAUGGAUGAAUGUAAGAGCUGGUGACAUCAUUAAACUGCAAAAUAAUCAAUUUGUAGCUGCUGAUUUAUUACUUCUGUCUGGUAGUGAACCACAUGGUCUCUCUUACAUUGAAACUGCGGAGCUUGAUGGUGAGACUAACCUAAAAGUACGUCAGGCUUUACCAGUUACUUCAGAACUUGGAGCAGAUAUUAGGAGACUUGCAGAGUUUGAUGGGGAAGUUGUUUGUGAAACUCCUAACAACAAGCUAGAUAAAUUCAUAGGAGUUCUUCUUUGGAAAGAUAAUAAGUACUCCCUUAAUAAUGAACAGAUGCUUCUACGAGGAUGUGUGUUGAGAAACACAGACUGGUGCUUUGGAAUGGUUAUUUUUGCAGGCCCUGACACUAAAUUAAUGCAGAACAGUGGUAGAACUAAAUUUAAAAGAACAAGCAUUGACCGACUGAUGAAUACUUUAGUUUUAUGGAUCUUUGGGUUUCUGGUAUGUAUGGGAAUCAUUCUGGCAAUAGGAAAUUCAAUUUGGGAACAUCAGGUUGGGGCCCGUUUCAGAAUUUACCUUUAUUGGAAAGAAGUGGUGAACAGUUCUGUUUUUUCAGGAUUUCUAACGUUUUGGUCAUACAUUAUCAUACUCAAUACGGUAGUGCCUAUUUCCUUAUAUGUAAGUGUGGAAGUUAUUCGGCUUGGGCAUAGCUACUUCAUAAACUGGGAUCGUAAAAUGUAUUAUGCCAAAAAUGAUACCCCUGCUGAGGUUCGAACUACAACACUUAAUGAAGAACUGGGACAAAUUGAAUAUGUUUUCUCAGAUAAAACUGGGACGCUCACUCAGAACAUAAUGACUUUUAACAAAUGCUCUAUUAAUGGGAAAACAUAUGGUGAUGUAUAUGAUGAGCUGGGCCGGAAAACAGAAAUUAAUGAGAAAACUGUGCCUGUGGAUUUUUCAUUUAAUCCACUAGCAGAUAGCAAGUUUCAGUUUUAUGAUCACAGCCUGAUUGAAUCUAUUCAACUAAGAGAUCAAACAGUACAAGAAUUCUUUAGGUUGCUUUCCCUCUGCCAUACUGUCAUGCCUGAAGAAAAAAAUGCAGGUGAAUUGAUUUACCAGGUGCAGUCACCAGAUGAAGGUGCUCUAGUAACUGCUGCCAGAAAUUUUGGGUUUAUCUUUAAGUCUCGGACCCCAGAGACCAUCACUGUGGAAGAAAUGGGCCAACUUGUUACGUACCAGCUAUUGGCAUUUUUAGAUUUUAAUAAUAUCAGAAAAAGGAUGUCUGUAAUAGUUCGAAAUCCAUAUGGACAGAUAAAACUUUAUUGUAAAGGAGCAGACACUAUGUUAUUUGAGAGGCUUCAUUCCUCCAAUGAAGAGUUAGCAUCUUUGACAUCAGACCAUCUUGGGGAGUUUGCAGGAGAAGGCCUUCGGACGUUAGUCCUUGCCUACAAAAACUUGACUGAAGAGCACUUUAAAGAAUGGUUUAAAAUACUUCAGGAGGCAAAGACUUCAGUAGAUAGCAGGGAUGAACAGCUUGCUACAGCAUAUGAAGAGAUUGAAAGAGACAUGAUGUUACUAGGUGCUACUGCUAUAGAAGACAAAUUGCAAGAGGGAGUUACAGAAACCAUUGCUAGUUUAUCACUUGCUAACAUUAAGAUCUGGGUUCUAACAGGAGAUAAACCAGAAACUGCUAUGAACAUUGGUUACUCCUGCCGUAUGCUCACUGAUGCCAUGAAUGAGAUAUUCAUCAUGUCUGGCCACACGGUGAUGGAAGUACGCGAAGAGCUCAGGAAAGCAAAAGAACGUUUAUUUGGACAAAGUGAAGGAUUUUCCAAUGGUCAUGUAUUCCGUAAAAAAAAGGAAAAAUUAAACCAGGGCUCAGUUUUUCAAGUAACUGUCACUGGUGAUUAUGCGUUAGUCAUAAAUGGACAUAGCUUGGCUCAUGCGCUUGAGGCUGACCUGGAGAAAGAAUUCCUGGAAGUUGCCUUCAUGUGUAAAACGGUGCUUUGUUGUCGAGUCACUCCUUUGCAAAAAUCACAAGUUGUGGAGCUGGUUAGGAAAUACAGGAAAGCAGUCACCUUGGCUAUUGGGGAUGGAGCUAAUGAUAUUAACAUGAUUAAAAGUGCACACAUAGGAGUUGGCAUCAGUGGCCAGGAAGGAAUGCAAGCUGUCUUGGCCAGUGAUUACUCCUUUGCUCAGUUCAGAUACCUUCAAAGGCUGCUGCUUGUCCAUGGCAGGUGGUCCUAUUUCAGAAUGUGCAAAUUUUUGUGCUAUUUCUUCUACAAAAACUUUGCCUUCACUCUGGUGCAUUUCUGGUUUGGCUUCUUCUGUGGCUUCUCAGCUCAGACUGUUUAUGACCAGUGGUUUAUCACCCUCUUCAACAUCGUCUAUACUUCACUUCCUGUACUAGCAAUGGGGUUGUUUGAUCAGGAUGUGAGUGAGCAGAAUAGUAUGGAUUAUUCAAAACUCUAUGAACCUGGGCAACUAAAUCUACUGUUUAACAAACGCAAGUUUUUUAUCUGCAUAGCAUAUGGAAUCUAUACCUCUUUUGCUCUUUUCUUCAUCCCAUACGGUGCAUUUUAUAACAUAGCUGGUGAAGAUGGAAAACCCAUUGCUGACUAUCAGUCUUUUGCUGUUACUAUGGCAACAUCUUUAAUUAUCGUAGUCAGUGUUCAGAUAGUUCUGGAUACCAAUUACUGGACAGCCAUCAAUCAUUUCUUCAUUUGGGGUAGUGUAGCUGUGUAUUUUGCUAUUUUAUUUGCAAUGCACAGUGAUGUGUUUUUUGAUAUAUUCCCAAGCCACUUUUCUUUUGUAGGAAAUGCCCGUAAUUCUCUAGGCCAGAUAAGUGUUUGGCUUGUCAUUCUCUUGACUACCGUGGUUUCAGUCAUGCCUGUUAUAACAUUCCGACUUUUGAAGAUAGAUUUAAAUCCGACGCUAACUGAUCAGGUACGGAAGUUGCAAAGAGCUCGGAGGAAACAAAAACCUUUACAGACGCAGAUGCAUCAGGUGCGUAGAACAAGCUCAAGAAGAUCUGCGUAUGCCUUUUCUCAUCAAGAGGGCUUCGGGGAGCUCAUAACAUCUGGAAGGAAUAUGCGAGUCAGAAAUUCGCAUCCAACAUCAGGACUACAUAAUAGCACCAGUUGGAUUGAAAACUGGCAUAAAAAAACAGCAGAGACAAUGAACAGUUUCAGUAAUGACAGACCCAUGAACCUAUAAAUCAAGCUGAACACAAAGCAGUUUAAUGCUUUUUAAAAAUGUGGCCAUCUCUCUAUACUGUUUGCCACUUUGCAAGCAUUAAGCUAGGAAUACCUGUGUGAGAUGAGGACUACAGAGAAGGUGACCAAUGCAUCACUUUUAACAGCAUGUUCAAGAAUGUUGAAAACAUACAGGAAUAUUUUCAGUCUCUUUUCAUUUCUGAAAAUAAUUCACCAUAACAUGACUAGUUACCUGGUGCAAGAGGUAAAGUACUCUCUAUUAAGAUAAUUAUAAGCAUUUUCCCUCCAACUUAAAGGUAAAUGCAAUAUUCAAAUAUUUUAUUCAGCUGUACAGUCCAAGGUAACUAUUAGAUGUAGUUGCAGUGUAGGGGCAUUUCAUAUAUAUCGUUAUCAAAAAUGACUUCGUAUUGAUGCAGUCAGGGGCGUUUUAAAAAUUUGUUAGCACAAAAUUAAUUUUGAAAGUCAUUGCACAACCUUGAAACCAACAUGUAUUUAAAACAAUUUAAAUCUAUGAAGUUCAAAGUCAAAUGUUAUUAAUGUGUACUGCCCUUUCAAAUAUUUUUAAACAUAUAAAACUGAGGUUUUUAAAUUGUUGAUAAAUUGAAACCAAAUGAAGUACUGUAUUAUAUUUUUAUCCUUGUUUCUGUUAUUUACAUUCAUUUUUAUUUGUCUUCUAUUUAAUAUCACAGUUCAUUGUUUGAAAUUGC